AUGCUGCAUGUCUGGAGUCUCUGCACUCUCUGCUGCCUCGCCUCCUUUGUCUGCGACAAGAGCAUGAUCGCCGUGGUAACCUGGGCUUGCAGCGGUGUGGAUAACCAAAUUAUCCAGUUCUGCUCCGGCACCAACGAAGAUUCUGGUGGGCUUGGCAAUCGUGGGACGAGCUUGACCGUCUUCCUCUGGCAGUUGCUUUGCAACGUCAUGCAGGUGCACAUGACGAACAAGAAGCUGUCUGCCCUUGACUGGUGGCACACCGCGCAGUGCUGCAAAGGGCUGAUCACCAUCGGACUGGCAUCCUCGCUGUUCCUGGUCGUAAGGCGGCUCCUCUUCGUCGGAAGCAAGGUCCUCGACUCGAACUUGAAGCUUUGCCUUGUCUGCUGCUUUGCGACGCUGGUCCUUCAAUGUGGGGCCUUGUGUCACACUGCUACCAGUGCUCUGCUCAAUGUGAAGCACGACGAGACCAUCAAAUCCACGGCGCGCUUUCUGUAUCUCAAUGCUGCAAUGGUGAUCCUGGGCCCUUUCUUUAGCUUCGUCGCGUUCUUCGACUACGUCCAGCAAUCCCACUCGACGAGAUUGCAGAGAUUUGAGCACUUCCAUCCCUUCCUCAAAAAUCUGCCCACGGCGAGCCUGGAUGUGCUCAUCCAGGUUUGCAACGCCCUACUGCUCAGUGGCUUAGUCGGCCCGCGGCAGUGGGAUCAGCCCAUCGAAGCAUUCAGGAAGUUGGUGGAUAUGUCUGGUUUCGAUGGCUUGGCUUGCAAGCGCAUCGCUUUUAAUGGGCACAUCAACGAUGCUGCGCAGGACUGCGUGGUGUCCUUCCCUGGACACUACAGUGAUCUCUGGGAUCACGCCGUUCAGGCGGCGAAGGUGCAAGAUCGCUUCUCACUGGCUUGCGUCUUCCUGACUGACAAAGAUUCCGGCUUGGGGAAGCACUCGCGAAACCCAGCGACGGGGAGAUGCUGGUGCCACGACAUUUAUGGCCCGAUGGAGGCCUCCAGCUACCUCAGCGUCAUCGACCUGAACCCCGAGUCGGGGCAGCCCAUCAGCAAGGAGACGCUGGCCUUCGAGAAGGCAGAUGCCAGGGCAAUGAACAAGGUCGUGAUCAUCAAAAGGGAGAAGAUCACAGGCUGCUCUUGGUCUCCGGGCUCCUUCAACUCGAAGCUGGAGGAGGCCCUCGUCCAGGCCGAGUCACGGUGCGUUGCGAACCAGCGGCGCCCUCCUUGGGGCUGUCGGUGGUUCGAGGAGUGGAAGAACAACGUGGACAAAGCCAUUGCGAAGGGGCAGACGCUCCACGUCUUCUACUUCGAAGGGAAAAAGGGUGAGGGGAAGAUGGCUUGGGAGAAGCUGUCAGACAGCGAGGCCAUGAGUGAAGCCCGGGCCCAUACUGGCCUGGGUCGCUCGCAGACGGCUGAGGUUGCGUAUCUCGACAGGCAGAAGGCCAAGUACGAAGAGCACGAUAUCAACGACUUCGAGUCCUUCAUGGCUUCUCGGAACCCUGUCGCGGCCAAAAACAGAUCGUCCGGCAUGGACAAAAGUGGAAAUCGAUG